AUGUCUCGUCGAAGCCCGGGUCCCGGGGCGAGACGACCUGAAUCCGCUCCACGUACAACAAGCUCGACAACCAUACGUCAAGUUCAACGACCCAAGGUCCAUAUACCUCCUCCAUCUCCUCCUACUGGUGCUCAACCGGCUAUCAACCCUUCUUCGCCUACCGCUCUGAAAGAAUCACUGGACCAAAGUACGAGGAUGGCCAAUGCAGCUCGACCUAGGUACGGCUCCCAUGGGCAAGUACCCAAUGCGGCAACAUAUGCCAUGCCCACACCAGAAAUAUACCAAGGAAAUCGUAGUGCCGGGACAUUAUAUCCAUCUGCAGAUCCAUACAAACGACCAGGUCCCUCGAAUCCAUACCCCCAGAAUGAUCGACUUGCCCCUCCCCUCCUUCCUCCCGGUCCAGUAUCUCGCAGCUGGAGCGCCGAACCAUCCACGCUACACACAAACAUGAACCCUCGUACGGCAGACGCCCGACUCCAACGCCCUCUCACCCAGUUUGAAAACGUGAGUGCUUCGUGGGGGCAGCCCAAGACGAGUCGCGGACCUGGAGAAACCACGAGCCGGAGACAUGCACGGCCUUGGGAGGGGUCGGCUUUCACGGUUGGGAAUCAUGUGGAUGUGAGCAUGGAUGAUUUGGAUAGUGGCUAUGGGGGAUCCACGCAUGGGCAUGGGGGUAGGAAGCAGUCCACGCCAGCGAGGAGGAGCGAUGAAGUGGAUAAGCGACAACAGCAGGAAUUGAUCAAAGAUCGGUGGGGGAUGGACUCGGAGACUUCGUUCGAUACGGCAUCCAAUGCUGAACAAAUCGGAUCAGGCAUGCUGGCUGAUCAGGUGUUAUUGGCCGAGUCUGGCUUGGAUAAACUUGCAUUGUUUCAUGCAUCUGCAUCACCAGAAGUUGACGAGUGGGUAUAUGUCGUGCCAGAAGAGGCUCGAAAAAUCUUGGACAAGCACGAAAUCCAACGACAGAGCAAUAUCUAUGAACUUGUCAAGUCCGAGCGCAACUUUAUUAUUGGGAUGCAAAUCUUUUUGGACGGUUUGCUCUAUGCUGAUCCCCCAGUCAUAUCCCACCGCGACAGACUGGAUAUAUUGGUGCAUGAGAUAUUCUUCAACGCUCAAGAAAUCCUCUCGAUACAUCUCGAACUUCGCGACAAACUCUAUGAACGACAGCGAGACCAGCACCCAAUAAUUCACACUGUAGCGGAUAUAUACCUCAAAUGGCUACUCGAGCACAAGGAGGCCUAUACCAGAUUCCAGAAGCAUUUACCCAAAGCGCUUAAUUACCACAAGACUGAACUUCGACAAAAUGAAGCAUACCGCAAAUUCUUUAAUGACAUACCCAAAAUCUUGGCUAAUCUCCGUAAAGUUGGAAUGGACGAUUCGUAUAGUCCUCGACUCGAGGAUAACCAGAAACCUUCGCUUGAAUUGUUGGCCCAGAAAAUCAACAAGCAAGAAUUUGAUUCCUACCUGCAUGGAUUUAAUACUCGAUUUACGAGGCUCGAGUUACAGCUCACGACUAUGGCCAAACAUACCGUUGAAGACCACCCGGACGUCCACGGAGAUGAUGCUCCUAUACCCUUGAUAGUAUCAACGUUGAAACAAGUACUGAGUAUCGCAUCAUAUGAGUUGCAGUCACUGCAAAAGCGUGUAGACUUUGAGAAUUUUUGCAAAAAGUUGCACUUCCGAAAGGGAGAAAUUAUUGAUUUAGACUGGUAUGAUGAGCAUCGUCAGUUAUUCAUGGCUGGUCCUCUAUCACGGCGACAGCGCAGGGAUGUCGAGUGGCAUGGCUGGAGUGAUCUUUAUGUUGGCUUACUUGAUAACUAUCUCGUAGUCACGAAAGAAGUAAACCAUGGAUGUCGCGAACAGUGCAAUGUUGUUUCCAGACCUAUUCCUCUGGACUACUUGCGGAUUGCUAAACCCCUCAAUGGACCUCCCGAAACGCGCCGACCGGAAGGUUGCAUCAUUCGCGAUAAGCUUUUGGGGGAUACCAUUCCAAUGUAUCCAUUUACAAUAUUUCACGUCGCUGAACCAGAGAAUCGUCGGUAUACGUUCUAUGCCGAAUCCGAAUCGAAGAGGCAACAGUGGUUGACAGCGAUUCAAGAAGCCAAGCUCAUCCGAGAUACCUAUCAGACCGAGAACAAAUACUUUGCUAUGGGAGUCCUAAGUGGAAGGAGGUUCAACUCCAGGACCGUCCUCGUGCCUUCGGAGAUUGCGGACAGAAUAGAGUUUCUUGGACAAGUCAAGGCUGUAGCGCCAUUUGCCUACGAGGGUGGUCAUUACUUAGCAUAUAGCACGAAUUUUGGCAUAUACCUGGGCCUUAGGCACCAACCGCAAGGCAUCCAGAAAGUCAUGCGAUUUACAGAUGUAAACUGUAUGGUUGCCCUCCAAUCUUUCGGAAAAUUAGUAGUACUUGCCAACGAGAGCCUAUAUGCAUACCCGUUCCAAACUUUGGUUCGUGUUUGGCGUCGUGAAGCCGACAUGGCAGAGCUUGGGGUUGCUGGAGAACGGAUAUCUAGGCAUCGAGAUGGCGACGUACAAUUUUUCAGGGCUGGGGUAUGCGAAGGGAAAAUGCUUAUUGGAUACGUGACUAAAUCGUUGCUACAAGUCCAUUUGCACGUACUAGAAGCAUUGGAAGAACCUACUAGAGCCUCGAAUACCACCAAUAUAGGAUUAUUCGGUAGACUAAGGUCAUCUUCGAAAGAUUCUUACUCCAAUAUGUUCCCACAGUACGGUCAGACUCUCAGUUUACCAAGAGACGCCACGGAUCUCGCUAUGCUAAACAAACGAUUGGUUGUAAUGUGCCAGAGUCAAGUUGUCAUUGUAGAUCCACGAGACCCUGCCAUGAAAGCGUACCCCGUUCCAGACUUUAUGGUUCAUCCUAGUGUGGAAUACGGUAGUGCUGAAGCCAUAGCUAACCUCAAAGAUCGCUGCUAUCGAUCCAAAUCUCUCGGCAUGGUCCUCUCCCGAUCAAAGGAACUCAUGAUUGUCUAUGCUGACUUUGGAUGCUAUGUGACCAAGUAUGGUGCUCCUGCGCGACAGUCUGCCUUUGUUCGUUGGGAAACGCGUGCCACAAGUGUGGCAUUCAGGUGGCCAUAUGCCCUCUUAUUCAGUCCCAACUAUAUCGAAAUCCGAAACGUAGAGAAUGGAGGUCUUGUACAGGUUAUUCAAGAGCGGGACGUCAGACUUUUAUACUCGGGGCCACCAUACGAAGGACCCGUUUUGGCGGCUAUGAGAGGAGAAGACGAUGCUCGGGGGAAGACUGACCAUGUGGUCGAAAUAUUGGAAACCGCUCCGAUUGAGCAGAACCAGACAAGUGGUGAUGCGCUGUGGAGAGAAUGGGAUCUAUGA